UCGAUUGGUUCGCCUCAGCCACCGAGAACAGGCGGGUGUCUCUUCCCCACGCCAAGAUGGCGGCCGUUGGUAGCGGUGAGGUGGUGUGAAGCUACCACCCCCCCUUUCGCUGCGGGGCGUAGACACCGCUUGAAGGGGGGGGGAGAGUAUCCGUUCUUCAUCGGCCGCCUUUACACAUAUCAGUACCCCGAGGCGGAGCGGCGUGUUGAAGUCCGCCUGGAUUGUUUAGAAAGUGACCAGACUGAUGGUGUGGGAUUGGUAGCAGGGAGAACCCAGCGAGAGAAGAAACGCUCCUACAAGGAUCUGCUUCGGGAAGAGGAGGAGAUAGCUGCUCAGGUCAGGAAGAAUUCAAAGAAGAGGCUGAAGGAGAGUGACCUCUUCUUACUGGGGACAGAGUCUCACAAGAAGAAGAGCAAGCACUCCUCCAAUGAGUACUAUUACAGAGAUCUUUCUCCUUUUGAGUCAUCACUGCCUUUGGAGCCAUCUUCAAAAAAGAGGAAAAAAAUAGAGUCUAGUUCACUCUCAGCUGAUACUGCCAUGGAUCUACUUAAGUCUAUCACCUCACCUUUGGCUGCAGGCUCUAAGACUUCUAAAAGGACGACUGAAAAGUCAUCUCAUUCUUCACUCACUGCUUCUGGAUAUUCAGAGACGAAGAAAGAGCAUCAUAAAAAAAAGCCAAGUGGAGGCAGUAGUGAUCUACCCUUGGAUGAUGGUACUUUACACAAGUCCAAAAAGAUGAAGCCACCUUAUGUGAACACUGAAACAUUGACCUUGCGUGAACCUGAUGGCUUGAAGAUGAAACUCAUCCUUUCACCAAAGGAGAAGGGAGGAAACACAGUAGAAGAGCCCUUUCCACACCCAGCACCACCAGCAAUUAAAAAAUCCUCUAAAAAGUCAUCUCGGGAUGAACAAGGAUCAUUCCUCCCAAGUCAUGAUAUGCACGGCUUUCUGAAAUCCUCUCGAAAGAAGCACAAACCACUGCCAGACUCACAUCCCCCUCCAGUCGCUGAGAGCUUUGGCCCAGACACUCCUCUUUUCCCAGAAGGCCAGAGCAGUGAGUUUGAGCUUCUAGGCCUGGAACCACCACUAGAAUCAGGUUCAUCCUCUGGAGGUGAGCUGGAAGCUGGCGAGCUGGUGAUUGAUGACUCGUACCGUGAGAUAAAGAAGAAGAAGAAAUCAAAGAAGAGUAAAAAGAAAAAGGACAAGGAGAAGCACAAGGAAAAGAAGCACUCCAAGUCUAAGAAAAGUUCCGGGCUGUCGUCUUCCCUGGUAGUAGCAGAAGUAACAAUGCCACUGCCAGUUUCUCCAACCAGCCCACAGUUUGCUGUUCCUAUUCCACCACCACCUCCCCCUCUCCUGCCACCCCCACCCCCACCCCCACCACCUCCUGUUUUUCACACGGAUGGCCAGAGUGAUAAGAAGAAGAAGAAAGAAGAAAAAGAGAAGGUAGAGAAAUCAGAAAAAGAAAAGCCAAAGAAGAAGAAUAUGUCUGCCUACCAAGUAUUCUGUAAGGAAUAUCGAGUGAACAUUGUUGCUGAACAUCCAGGGAUAGAUUUUGGAGAGCUGAGCAAAAAGCUGGCAGAAGUUUGGAAACAGCUGCCAGAGAAGGAUAAGCUGGUUUGGAAGCAGAAGGCUCAGUAUUUGCAGCACAAGCAGAAUAAAGCAGAGGCAACAACAGUUAAGAGAAAAGCAACCUCAUCAGAGGGUGCCCCUAAACUGAAAGCUUCUCUAACAGGUGUGCUAUCACCCCAUAAGAAGUCCCCGUCUAGCACUGUAAUGUUAUCUUCUUCACCUGUGAAAGUUCCCGAAACAGAUCCUAUUGAUGUUGCUGCACAUCUACAGCUUCUGGGAGAAUCUCUGAGCCUCAUUGGCCACAGACUACAGGAGACUGAAGGAAUGGUGGCUGUAUCAGGAAGCCUGUCGGUGCUCCUGGAUUCAAUUAUCUGUGCCUUGGGCCCUUUAGCAUGUCUAACUUCCCAGCUUCCUGAGCUCAAUGGAUGCCCUAAACAUGUUUUGUCAAACACAUUGGACAACAUUGCCUAUAUAAUGCCUGGACUCUGACAGGAAGGGAUCAUGGGAUGUGACCUGCUGCCAUGAAACUAGUGUGUGUGCAUAAUGCAGUUAUAUUGGCAUUCUUCAACGAGGUCAAACAUGUAAAGUUUUAUUUUCAAUCUGUAAUGCAUAAGACAAAAUUGUUAGCCAUUUCACUUGGUUUUAGGAACAGUUGUGAAACUUAAUUUGAGUGAAUCCAUGUUUUCUCCCGAGUGCUUAUAUAAUGUCUAGAGUUAGGUCUUUUGAUACAUCAACCUUAAUUUGGACGAAAUAAAUAAAUGAAAUGGGUUUUAUUUGGAAACAUCAAAUUAAACGAGUGUUACAGAUAAAACUAAAAAAAAUGUUUUAGAUAUAAAUAUUUUCCUCUCUGAGGGAGGUAAAUUGGAUAGAUAGGGGGAUUGUUUGAGGAGUUGGCCUGCAAGUUGUUUAUGCUGGGAAAGAAUGCUGUUUUUUCUUGAGGGCUUGUGCUGGCACCAGUAAACCUCAGCUUCUUCAUUAAAUCCCCCAAAUAUUGGGGGGAGGAGGGACAGAAUAAUGAAUGAGAUGUUCUCACAUUAUUUGAGGAAAGUAGGAGUUUUGGUGUAUAUGAGUAGCAGAUCUUGGUGGAAACAUAAACGGCUUUUUCCCAGAUUGUGUAUUGUCUGCCAACUUCAGUAUUUAGGAACACUUAUCACCAGCAGUAAAUGGACAAGGUCCUCUUCUCACGGUGCUGCUGUACAUGUUUUAGAGGUAAUGAGUGAUUAAGAUGAAAUGUAAGGGCUUAUUGCUGAGAGACAUUGAUUGGACAGAUCCUACAUACCAGACACAAGGGUCAGUGUUCUGAGUGCCUGAUUCUCUUUGGGGAAGCACUUCAUUUGCACACAUAGUACUAAGUGUUGCAUUCUUAUUGUGUAUUUGCAUUUUCAUAUAUUGUAUGUAGUAGAUUAAUUUAUAUUGUAUAUUUCUGUAUAUAACUGUAAUUUUUUUAAAAAGCUUUUCUUCCGCCAAUAGUGUAGGGAAACAUGAGCUUGCUGUUGUCAUGUAAAUGCUGUAUAGGAUCAGGCCUAGAAUCAAAAUGGAGGCGAUAGUAGCGAUCGGAUUUUUGUGAUCAGUGGAAAACAAUGGUGUAAAACCUUCUAUUCUGCCCUGAGUCCCCUUAUUACUUGUAAUGUCGAGAUCUUGCAGUGGCAAAAAGGUGAAUAAUUUUGUUUCCAGGAUUUAAUUCCAUAAUUUCUUUCCACACACCUAGGACUGAACUGUUCUUUAUUAGAUUGACUGACUUGGUUCAAAGAAACAUUCAAGUAAAAGUGUUUACAUGAUUUUUUCCAUACUAUAUGGUAGCAUUUAGAUAACUGAAGAUCUCCUUUUCUGGUUUUUCUCCUGAGUAAGCCAGGACAGGCUAGGUAUAAUAGGUGCUAUUCUAUAAAUUAACCUGUGUGAUGGUGGCUAAUGUCUUCAUUGCCACAGAGUAUAUUCAGAUCUUGGUAUUUAUCUGAACAGUGCUUCCAACAGCAUUUAAGAGGAGGAAAGAAUUUUGAUGCAUUUCUUUGAAGCUCAACAAUUGUCAGAAGCUUUAUUUCAAGAGACACAUAAUACCUAGUCUUAUGAUUCCACAUUUUAAUCAUGGAGAGCAAUGUUAGUUCUCCAUACAUAAAUACACAGAUCUCAUAUUAAACAGAGGGGCAGUCUGCUUCAGUUUUGCCAUCUGCACUAUGGCAAACUUGAAGUUUUUUAAACAGAGAAAAAAAACCCUUUUCAUGUACUCUUAUUUAAAAUUUGUAGAUAUUUGUAUAAUCUCUAUCUUGUGAUAUUUGUUGCUAGAGAGCUUUAGACUGAGGCUCUAGCGGGUUUUUUUUACAUUUGUUAUUUCCUACCAUGUAGUCCAAAUUGUCUUGUACAGAUUUUUUGCUAAUGUAUAUAAACUUUUUAAGAACUUGAA